UUAUGGUUCGCCCCGGUCAUUGGGAAUGCAGCCCCGUUAGUCCCCAGUCUGUUAGCAUUCGCCGUUGACUUACAUAGGAGGGUUUUUUCUGUUCCACCUAUCACGGGUUUACUUGUCCAAGUGUCCCUUUCGUCCCUUUACACGACCCUAACAUCCAUCUGCACUCCGAGAAAUCACCGCGAUAAUACUCCACAUUGGACUGAGUGAGGAAUCGCCGUGUGCCUCGCACAUUGCCCUUCAAGAUGACUUCUUUGGCACCCCUGGACCCCAUCACCAAUGGGUCGGCGGAUCGCAAUAAGAAAGUCGCCUACUUCUACGACUCCGACGUGGGAAACUAUGCCUAUGUUUCUGGUCACCCCAUGAAGCCCCAUCGCAUAAGAAUGGCCCACAGUUUGGUCAUGAACUAUGGCCUCUACAAGAAGAUGGAGAUAUAUCGCGCGAAACCGGCCUCGAAAUACGAAAUGACCCAAUUCCACACGGACGAGUACAUCGAUUUUCUUUCUAAAGUAACACCGGAUAACAUGGACUCUUUCGCGAAGGAGCAGAGCAAGUACAACGUCGGGGAUGAUUGUCCCGUCUUUGAUGGGCUCUUUGAGUUUUGCGGUAUCAGCGCGGGAGGCAGUAUGGAGGGUGCCGCACGGCUUAAUCGUAAUAAGUGCGACAUUGCCGUCAACUGGGCCGGUGGUCUUCACCACGCCAAGAAGAGCGAAGCGAGUGGUUUCUGUUAUGUGAACGACAUCGUUCUGGGUAUCCUGGAACUGCUGCGGUUCAAGCAGCGAGUGCUUUACGUUGACAUCGAUGUCCAUCAUGGAGACGGUGUCGAAGAAGCAUUCUACACGACAGACCGUGUGAUGACGGUGUCCUUCCACAAGUACGGCGAGUACUUCCCGGGCACGGGUGAGCUCCGCGAUAUCGGAGUGGGGCAGGGCAAGUACUACGCCGUCAACUUCCCUCUCCGCGACGGCAUCGACGAUAUCUCGUACAAGAGUAUUUUCGAGCCCGUCAUCAAGAGCGUUAUGGAGUGGUACCGGCCCGAAGCGGUGGUCCUGCAGUGCGGUGGCGACAGUCUGUCGGGCGACCGGCUGGGGUGCUUCAACCUCAGUAUGCGGGGGCACGCCAACUGCGUCAACUUCGUCAAGAGCUUCAACUUGCCGACCAUGAUUCUUGGCGGUGGUGGUUACACGAUGCGUAAUGUGGCACGUACCUGGGCCUUUGAAACCGGUAUCCUUGUCGGUGAUACUCUAACAGCGGACCUUCCGUACAAUGACUACUACGAGUACUUUGCACCCGAUUACGAGCUGGAUGUACGCCCGUCAAACAUGGACAACGCUAAUACCAAGGAAUACCUCGACAAAAUCCGCACACAAGUUGUAGAGAACCUCAAACGGACCGCCUUCGCACCGUCCGUACAAAUGACUGAUGUGCCGCGGGAGCCUCUCGUUGAGGGAAUGGACGACGAGGCUGAUGCGAUCCUGGACGACCUGGAUGAGGACGAGAACAAAGACAAACGCUUCACCAAGCGACGCUUCGACCAGUACAUUGAGAAGCCCGGCGAGCUCAGCGACAGUGAGGACGAAGACGAGGCGGCGGCCAACGGCGUCCGCCGGCAGCCUGGCGUGCUCAAGCGGAGGAAUCAAGUCAACUACCGGAAUCUCGACGUCAACGAUUCGGGGCUCGAGAGUGGCAUGGCGACGCCACAGGACGCUUCUUCGAUCCCGGACGAUGACAUGGAUGCGACAGGUGAUGCGAAGAUGACUGAGGCCCCAGAGCCGGAGACUGAGGCGCAAGGCACACCCUCAGCAGCCGAGGCACCGUCCAGGGCGGAGGAUGCAUCUGCGACGGAGCAGACGGAGAUGGCGGUGGAUGGACAAGAACCGGCGGCGCCCUCGGCACCGAUCUCACGCCAACCUUCUCCCAAGCCCCAGGAUGAAGACACGCCAAUGGUAGAUGCGGGUGAGGAUACGCCUCAACCAGAGAAGUCCGAGGCGGUUGCCGAGGGCCAGAGCGAGGAGGAGAAGAAACCCAGCGAAGAGAUCCCUGCGGCUGACAAGUCCGCCCCGGAAUCAUCAUCCGCAGCUAAAGACCCAUCACCUCCAAAAGAGACGAGCGAAUCCGCCGAGGCCGCGGAGACGGGAGCGGUCAAGCCGGCCGAACCCAGCGAGACGAGCGAGACCAAGGGCAAGACUCCGGAAGCGUCCAAGGACGAGAGCGGAGCGACGACGACUGAACAGAGGCCCAGCGCAGAGGCGACAGGCCAUGGACAGACGGAGGCGAGCAAGAGCGAGGAGUGAGUCGCCCGAAAGCACGGGUCUACGUUUGGCGCAAAGGACGGCCGGAAGGUGUUUGGGAGAAGCAUCGAUUCGCAUGGGGAUAUUCUACAUUUGAAGCAAUUAUUUGGCUGAUUGAUUAGAUAUUAUUCUUUUGUACUUAGCUGGAAAUACUAUAUGUACCUCGCUACUACCUAUCUAUCUAUCAACUGUCAACUACAAC